AUGGCCAAGCACACCCUCGCCAUCCUCCCUGCAACAAGCACCCAAGGCCUCUCCCUCGCAACCCACAUCCUCUCCACCCCCUCCCUCUCCAACCGCUACACCAUCCGCGCCCUCGCUCGCAACACCGCACACUCCUCUCUCCUCCCCCUCUCAGCCCAAGGCGUCGAGAUACGCCACGCCGACAUGACCAACCCCUCCACCCUCACCACCGCCCUAACCGGGAUAUCCCACCUCUACUUCAUGACCCCCACCACGCCCAACUACCUUCACACCCGGCCUUCCGAAACCCACCAAGUCCGCACCGUCUGCACCGCCGCUCUCGCCGCCGGUGUCCAAUAUAUAGUCUACAGCUCCAUGUCGCACCCCAUCUCCCUCUCCAGCGGUGCGCUCAAAAACGUAACUCACUUCGACGUCAAAGCCGAGUGCGAACUCUACAUUCGCCGGUUACCCCUCAAAAGCGCGUUUGUGGCGCCAGGAAGCUUUAUGCAGAAUUUGACGGGCAUGAUGAGGCCGCGCCGCACUUCGGAGACGGAAGCAAAAGAGGAGGGGGAAGAGGGAAAGGGGGUGUACGAAAUGCACAACAUUCUCCCCCCGGAUACUAAAGUACCGUAUCUUGAUAUUACGGAGGUGGGCAAGUGGAUUGGAGCGGUUUUUGAGGAUCCAGAGGGGUAUGAGGGGAGGACGCUUAUGGCGGCUGAGGGGUUUUAUUCGCCAGAGGAGAUCGCGAGGGUUGUGGGCAGGGUUGCGGGCAAGGAAGUGAGGCAUGUUAGGGUGGGGGAUGAGGUUGCAAAGGGAUGGUUUCCCGAGGGGUCUAGGGAGCAGUUGUAUGAAAUGUAUGUGUUGUUUAGGGAGUAUGGGUAUUUUGGCGAGGGAGGAGAGGAGGAGGUUACGUGGGCGAGGGAGCAGGUCAAGGGCGAGGUGACGGGGUUGGAGGGGUUUUUGAGGAGGAUAGAGUAUAAGCUUGAGUAA